UAAUCUGUGGUGCUUAAAUAAAAAAACCAGUUCCAUUUCAACAGAAUUUUGCAUACAAUUUUACUUUCGCUGAAAAAUUAUCCGUUUGUGAAUUUAUACGUUAAUAUUUCAAUGAUUAUAAUCUUCGUCGUCAAGAAAUUCAAUAAAAACAUUGAAACAGAACAAUUCUUUACACAAAAUAAACUCGGCGGCUUCUCUACAUUUUCUUGAAAGUUUAUUUAUUAAUUUAAUAAACAACUAAGUGAAUUACAAUACAAUGAAGUUAACUGUUGAUGGACUGUUGGUUUAUUUUCCGUACGAUUACAUUUAUCCCGAACAAUAUGCCUACAUGCUGGAGCUUAAACGUGCCUUGGAUGCUAAAGGUCAUGGAUUGCUAGAAAUGCCUUCAGGCACAGGAAAAACCAUUUCACUGUUAUCUUUGAUUGUGGCUUACAUGAUCCAGAAUCCACAUCAUGUUAGGAAACUAAUCUACUGUUCCCGAACUGUGCCAGAGAUUGAAAAGGUUCUGGAGGAGCUCAAAAACCUGAUCAAAUAUUACGAGAAGAGCCAGGGUGAGAAGCCGAGUCUCACUGGAGUUGUGCUCACAUCCCGCAAGAAUCUGUGCAUACACCCUGACGUUUCGAGAGAAAGAGAAGGCAAGCUAGUGGAUGGCAAAUGUCAUGCCCUGACUGCCAGUUACAUACGAGAGAGGCAUGAGCGCGACAGUACUGUACCAAUAUGCCAGUUCUACGAAGGGUUCAACAGGGAAGGCAAAGAGUCAAUGCUACCAUUUGGAGUGUACACCAUUGACGAUUUGAAGCAGUACGGUGCUGACAGAAACUGGUGCCCAUAUUUCUUAGCUAGAUUUGCAAUAAUCCACGCAGAGAUCAUAGUGUACUCCUACCACUAUCUCCUUGACCCCAAGAUAGCCGAAGUGGUAUCCAAGGAGCUUCAAAAGGAGGCGGUGGUGGUGUUCGACGAGGCCCACAACAUAGACAACGUGUGCAUCGACUCUUUGAGCGUGAAGGUGACUCGCCGGACCAUAGACAAGAGCACGCAGGCGCUACAGCAGCUGGAGAAGACUGUGGCACAGAUUCGCGAAGAAGACGCGGCGCGGCUGACGCUAGAGUAUGAGCAGUUAGUCUCAGGCUUACGUGAGGCGGCCGUGGCUCGAGACACUGACACUAUACUCGGCAACCCUAUCCUGCCCGAUGAGGUGCUCAACGAGGUGGUCCCGGGCACGAUCCGCAACGCGGAGCACUUCCUGAGCUUCCUGAAGCGCUUCAUCGAGUACCUCAAGACGCGCCUGCGCAUCCAGCACGUCGUGCAGGAGUCGCCCGCCGGUUUCCUAAAAGACGUGGCGGCUCGCGUGUGCAUCGAACGCAAGCCGCUCCGAUUCUGCGCCACCCGACUGUCUUCGCUCAUGAAGACGCUAGAAAUUCCAGACCCGAGCAAUUUCUCCGCCUUGACCUUAGUCACGCACUUGGCAACACUAGUGUCUACUUAUACCAAAGGAUUCACGAUCAUCAUAGAGCCGUUUGACGAUAAGACUCCGACGGUGUCGAACCCGAUAUUGCAUUUUUCAUGUAUGGACUCGUCGAUAGCAAUGCGACCAGUAUUCUCCAGGUUUCAAACGGUGAUCAUAACGUCAGGAACGUUGUCUCCGCUGGACAUGUACCCCAAGAUCCUGGACUUCAACCCCGUCAUCAUGAGCUCCUUCACCAUGACGCUGGCCAGGCCCUGUAUCUUACCCAUGAUAGUGUCGAAAGGCAGCGACCAGGUGGCCAUCUCGUCCAAGUACGAGACGCGCGAAGACGUCGCCGUCAUCCGCAACUACGGACAGCUGCUCGUCGAGAUUUCGGCGUGCGUGCCAGACGGCGUAGUGUGCUUUUUCACAUCCUACAUGUACCUCGAGAGCGUGGUCGGCGCCUGGUACGAUCAAGGUGUAGUAGCGAGUUUACAAAGGCAUAAACUGCUGUUUAUUGAGACGCAAGACUCGGCCGAGACAAGUUUCGCGCUAAUAAAUUAUAUCAAGGCGUGCGAGAGCGGCCGAGGGGCAGUACUACUGUCGGUGGCCCGCGGCAAGGUGUCGGAGGGCGUGGACUUCGAGCACCACCUGGGCCGCUGCGUGCUGAUGUUCGGCAUCCCCUACGUCUUCACGCAGUCGCGCAUCCUCAAGGCGCGCCUCGACUACCUCCGAGACCAGUUCCAGAUUCGAGAAAAUGACUUCCUAACUUUCGAUGCAAUGCGUCACGCUGCGCAGUGCGUCGGGAGAGCUUUGAGAGGCAAGACGGACUACGGCAUCAUGAUUUUCGCAGACAAGCGCUUCAGCCGCGCCGACAAGCGCUGCAAGCUGCCGCGCUGGAUACAGGAACAUCUAAAGGAUUCCCUCUGCAACCUCAGCACAGAGGAGGCUGUGCAGAUCUGCAAACGUUGGUUGCGAGCCAUGGCGCAGCCCUUCACGCGCGAAGACCAGCUGGGCGUGUCGCUGCUCACGCUGGCCCAGCUGCAGAGCCCGCAGCAGCAGCAGCGCAUCGAGGAGCGCGUCAUACAGAAGUGAGGCAGCAGGGCUAGUGACGCAGCCUCGAGACCAGCUGGGCGUGUCGCUGCUCACGCUGGCCCAGCUGCAGAGCCCGCAGCAGCAGCAGCGCAUCGAGGAGCGCGUCAUACAGAAGUGAGGCAGCUAGUGGAGUGACGCAACCUCUGCUACGUCGUAGAGUGAGCCCCGCGCAAAUAAUGUCGUGACCCACACAAACAAGUGAUAACAAUACAGAAGUGAGCGUCAGCCGCUUCGGGCCACGGAAUCAGUGACGUGCCCUCUGCUGCCGAGGAACGCGUCAAACUGGAGUGAGCUAUGUUACUACUGUUACACGAAUAAACCAUCCAUUGCUAUCGAAGAAAGCACAAUACAAAAGUGAGCCAAGCGCUGGCGCAGGCCAUAGAGUUAAGUGAUCCACCCUCUGCCGUCGAGCAUCGAUCAAAUAGCCACACCCAAAUGUUGACAACAAUCCCACUGUCAAGGAGCGUGUGAUAUAGAAGUGAGCCACUCAAAGCCCUCAAACGAGCUCCUGAUUCAGCGUCAGGAAGAAGUGAUUCCAAUGCUGCCAAUGAGGGUUUUCGCGAAUGAAAGAUCCGCUAGAUGGCGGGACGUGGAUGUGGGGUCUGACUGCUGCGUGAUU